GAAGGGGACGCUUUGAGGAUAAUCAUGCUUCACAGAAGAACGGCACCGACCUCCAGUUGCAUUAAACACAACCUCCUCCACUAGGGCUCCAGGAAAAAAAAAAAAGAGAGAAUAAUUAUAAGAAUAAUCAUUAAAAAGGCGAAAGGAAUGCUUACUCUGGAACCUGCAUUUGAUGAUCCUCACCACUCGCGCUGAAUAUCCUCUGAAGUGAUUCUCUCCAGCUUUUGAAUUUGCACCGCUUCAAGACGCAAGAUUGCCACAAAGAAACAUCUAUUUUUUUUUACAGCCAAAUAGGAUUGUUUUUUAACUCAUUCCCCCACAUUUGCCCCCGACCCUUGUUCUUCUUAUGUGGAUAUGCAAGCAAGAAGAGGAGACUGGACAUUCCCAACAUGCUCUCUCCCUUGAUCUGUCCGUCUAGAGGUUCUGCUUCUACAAACCAAGGGAGUGUAAGAGUCGAAGAUGAGGCCCAGGGCGGAGUGCUACUCUCCAAGGUUUUGGCUGGUGCUGGCAGUCCUCGCAACAACAGGGAGCGGGGCCCAUGCCCAGAAAAGCCACCCGAGCAUUGGCAUUGCAGUCAUCCUGGUGGGGACCUCAGACGAAGUGGCCAUCAAAGAUGCCCACGAGAAAGAUGACUUCCACCACCUCUCAGUGGUGCCUCGGGUGGAGCUGGUGGCCAUGAAUGAGACAGAUCCCAAGAGCAUCAUCACCCGCAUCUGUGACCUCAUGUCUGACCGCAAGAUCCAAGGGGUGGUAUUCGCUGAUGACACAGACCAGGAAGCCAUUGCCCAGAUCCUGGACUUCAUCUCUGCCCAGACCCUCACUCCCAUCCUGGGCAUCCAUGGAGGCUCCUCUAUGAUCAUGGCAGAUAAGGAUGAGUCAUCCAUGUUCUUCCAGUUCGGCCCAUCAAUAGAACAGCAAGCUUCUGUCAUGCUCAACAUCAUGGAAGAAUACGACUGGUACAUCUUCUCCAUUGUCACUACGUACUUCCCUGGUUACCAGGACUUUGUGAACAAGAUCCGCAGUACCAUUGAGCACAGCUUUGUGGGCUGGGAACUGGAGGAGGUCCUUCUGUUGGACAUGUCCCUGGACGAUGGGGACUCAAAGAUCCAGAACCAGCUCAAGAAGCUCCAAAGCCCUGUUAUCCUCCUCUACUGCACAAAGGAAGAGGCCACCUACAUUUUUGAGGUGGCCAACUCAGUGGGUCUGACAGGCUAUGGUUACACGUGGAUCGUGCCCAGCCUGGUGGCAGGGGAUACAGACACAGUGCCAUCCGAGUUCCCCACCGGGCUCAUCUCUGUCUCAUAUGAUGAAUGGGACUACGGUCUUCCUGCCAGAGUAAGGGAUGGAAUAGCCAUAAUCACCACGGCUGCUUCUGAUAUGCUGUCUGAACACAGCUUCAUCCCUGAGCCCAAGAGCAGCUGUUACAACACCCAGGAGAAAAGGAUUUACCAGUCCAACAUGCUCAACAGGUACCUGAUCAAUGUCACCUUUGAAGGCAGGAAUUUGUCGUUCAGUGAGGACGGAUACCAGAUGCAUCCCAAGCUGGUCAUCAUCCUUUUGACCAAGGAGAGGAAGUGGGAGAGGGUGGGGAAAUGGAAGGAAAAAAAGUUGCAGAUGAAGUAUUACGUGUGGCCACGCUUUGAGCUGUAUCCCGACUCUGAGGAACGCGAGGACGAUCACCUGAGUAUCGUGACCUUGGAAGAGGCACCAUUUGUCAUUGUGGAGAACGUGGAUCCCCUAAGUGGCACCUGCAUGAGGAACACGGUCCCUUGCCAAAAACGCAUCGUGACUGAGAACAAAACUGAUGAGGAGCCAGAUUACAUGAAGAAAUGUUGCAAGGGGUUCUGCAUAGACAUCCUCAAGAAAAUCUCAAAGUCUGUCAAGUUCACCUAUGACCUCUACUUGGUGACUAAUGGCAAGCAUGGAAAAAAGAUCAAUGGGACAUGGAAUGGAAUGAUUGGAGAGGUUGUCACCAAACGGGCCUAUAUGGCUGUGGGAUCCCUCACCAUUAAUGAGGAACGUUCAGAAGUGGUGGACUUCUCUGUGCCCUUCAUUGAGACGGGAAUCAGUGUCAUGGUGUCACGUAGCAAUGGAACUGUCUCACCUUCUGCCUUCUUAGAACCUUUCAGUGCUGACGUAUGGGUGAUGAUGUUUGUGAUGCUGCUUAUCAUCUCUGCGGUGGCUGUCUUCGUCUUUGAGUACUUCAGCCCUGUGGGCUACAAUCGGUGCCUUGCUGAUGGCAGAGAGCCAGGAGGUCCCUCUUUCACCAUUGGCAAAGCUAUCUGGCUGCUGUGGGGGCUGGUGUUCAACAACUCUGUGCCAGUACAGAAUCCCAAGGGUACCACUAGCAAGAUCAUGGUGUCGGUGUGGGCCUUCUUCGCUGUCAUCUUUCUGGCCAGCUACACUGCCAACCUGGCUGCCUUCAUGAUCCAAGAGGAAUACGUGGACCAGGUGUCUGGCUUGAGCGACAAAAAGUUCCAGAAACCAAAUGACUUCUCGCCCCCUUUCCGCUUCGGGACGGUUCCCAACGGCAGCACGGAAAGGAACAUCCGCAACAACUACCCUGAAAUGCACAGCUACAUGGUGAAGUUCAAUCAGAGGGGUGUGGAUGAUGCUUUGUUCUCGCUGAAGACUGGGAAGUUGGAUGCUUUCAUUUAUGAUGCAGCAGUGCUAAACUACAUGGCUGGCAGAGAUGAAGGCUGCAAGCUGGUGACAAUUGGGAGUGGGAAAGUGUUUGCCUCCACUGGCUAUGGCAUUGCCAUCCAGAAGGACUCAGGCUGGAAGCGCCAGGUUGAUCUUGCGAUUCUACAGCUUUUUGGAGAUGGGGAGAUGGAGGAGCUGGAAGCUCUCUGGCUCACUGGCAUUUGUCACAAUGAGAAGAAUGAGGUUAUGAGCAGCCAGCUGGAUAUAGAUAACAUGGCAGGUGUCUUCUACAUGUUGGGAGCAGCCAUGGCCCUCAGUCUCAUCACCUUCAUCUGUGAGCAUCUCUUCUACUGGCAAUUCCGCCACUGCUUCAUGGGUGUCUGCUCUGGCAAGCCUGGUGUGGUCUUCUCCAUCAGCAGGGGUAUCUACAGCUGCAUCCAUGGCGUGGCCAUUGAAGAACGCCAGUCAGCGAUGAACUCCCCCACAGCAACUAUGAACAACACCCAUUCCAACAUCCUCCGCCUGCUUCGGACAGCCAAGAACAUGGCCAACCUGUCAGGGGUCAACGGCUCACCACAGAGUGCCCUGGACUUUAUCCGCCGCGAGUCAUCUGUCUACGACAUCUCUGAGCACCGCCGCAGCUUCACCCACUCAGACUGCAAAUCCUACAACAACCCCCCCUGCGAGGAGAACCUCUUUAGUGACUACAUUAGUGAGGUGGAAAGGACCUUUGGCAAUCUCCAGCUGAAGGACAGCAAUGUGUAUCAGGACCACUACCACCACCACCACCGCCCCCAUAGCAUUGGCAGCACCAGCUCCAUCGACGGGCUCUAUGACUGUGACAACCCGCCCUUCAACGCCCAGUCGCGCUCCAUCGGGAAGAAGCCCCUGGACCUGGGCUUACCCGCUGCCAAGCACAGCCAGCUGGGUGACCUUUAUGGCAAGUUCUCCUUCAAGAGUGACCGCUACGGGGGCAGUGGGACCCACGACGACCUGAUCCGCUCAGAUGUCUCUGACAUUUCCACUCACACGGUCACCUAUGGCAACAUUGAGGGCAAUGCAGCCAAGAGGCGGAAGCAGCAGUACAAGGACAGCCUGAAGAAGCGCCCAGCCUCCGCCAAGUCCCGGAGGGAAUUUGAUGAGAUAGAGCUGGCCUACCGCCGGCGCCCACCCCGCUCACCUGACCACAAGCGCUACUUCAGGGACAAGGAAGGGCUACGGGACUUCUACCUUGACCAGUUUCGGACCAAGGAGAACUCACCGCACUGGGAGCACGUGGAUCUGACGGAUAUCUACAAAGAACGGGGAGAUGACUUUAAGCGUGACACGGGAGGAGGAGGGGGUGGAUCCUGCACUAACAGGGCCCAUCACAAGCACGGCUCAGGCGAGUUUGGUGGAAGCAAUGAGCACAAGCAUAGCGUUGUGAGCGGGGUCCCAGCGCCGUGGGAGAAGAACCUGACCAAUCUAGACUGGGAAGACCGGAGCGGGGCUAAUUUCUGCCGCAGUUGCCCUUCUAAACUGCACAACUACACGCCAUCAACGGUGGGGCAGAACUCCACCCGCCAGGCCUGCAUCCGCUGUGAGGCUUGCAAGAAAGCGGGCAACCUGUACGACAUCAGUGAGGACAACUCCCUCCAAGAGCUGGACCAGCCGCCUGCCCCUGUGCCCGUGGCCACCAGUGCCACCUCCUCCUCCAAAUAUCCUCAGAGCCCUUCCAAUUCUGCCUCUAAGGUGCAGAAGAAGAACCGCAACAAACUCCGCCGGCAGCACUCCUACGACACCUUUGUGGACCUGCAGAAGGAUGACUCGGCCCUGGCCCCCCGCAGCGUCAGCCUCAAGGACAAGGGCCGCUUUUUGGAGGGGAGCCCCUACGCCCACAUGUUUGAGAUGCCAGCCAGUGAGACCACCUUUGCCAACAACAAGUCCUCAGUGCCCGCCACCAGCUACCACCACCACAACAACCCCGGCAGCAGUGGGGGCUACAUGCUCAGCAAGUCGCUCUACCCCGACCGGGUCACCCAAAACCCUUUCAUCCCCACUUUUGGGGAUGACCAAUGCUUGCUCCACGGCAGCAAAUCUUAUUUCUUCAGGCAGCCUGUGGUGGCAGGAGGGCCCAAAGCCAGGCCAGACUUCCGAGCCAUUGUCACCACCAACAAGCCGGUGGUCUCAGCCCUUCAUGGGGCUGUGCCAGCCCGUUUCCAGAAGGACAUCUGUAUAGGGAACCAGUCCAACCCCUGUGUGCCUAACAACAAAAACCCCAGGGCUUUCAAUGGCUCCAGCAACGGGCAUGUUUAUGAGAAACUCUCCAGUAUUGAGUCUGAUGUUUGAGUGAGAGGGGAACAGCGCGGGGAGGGACUGGGGAUGUAUGUGGAGCAUGGGAGGGUGGGGUGGGAUCAAUCCCAUCAGCUACUCUCCUGAGUCGUCCUUAGUUUGUGGGAUACUGGAGUUGUGAGUAGUGCAGCACUGGUGACAAGUGCCACCUCUUUGGUUUCCCCUCCUCCUCCUUUCCCAAGCCUCCCAUUUUAUCUCUUUUUCCAUGUUCUCGCUCCUCCCAUUCUCCUCCAUUCCUGGCCAUUGCACUUUACAGUGAUGUCGGAGUUGGAUAUCCUUGCUCAUGGUUUCAGGAAGCAGAGAAAAAGGCAGGGAAGGGGUGGGCUGAGGAGAAGCAGCAGUGACCUUAGUGUUCACUUCUGCUGGCUCUCAGCAGGGAAAGGCAUGUGCGCACACGUCUCUGUGUGUGUGUGUGACAGGAGGAGGCAGCAACAGCAGUGUAAUGGACAUGCAGGAAAAUGUGCUUGCUCAGGCAACUGUUCCUAAAACUGCCUAGAAAAGAGUAGUGUUUGACGUGGAGAAAGUGAAGGGAGAAUAACAACACUAACUUGAUGAUGCACUUACAUGUUAGGUAUAUUGAGGUUCUUGUUACAUUAUUUUGUGAAGACUAUGGGGGUUUAGGGCUGAAAUAUAUAUAUAUAUAUAUAUAUUUGCGUAUAUGCUGAGAAAUUUUACGCUAAAAUUUAGAAUUGUCUGCUGGGGGGUGUGGAGGGAGGGAGGGAAGAUUUGUCUGCAGGUCAGGCUAGUGGUUUCACUAUGGCUAUUACAGCCAUUCAAUCUAUGGCAGACCAGUGGGAGAUAGAGAAAAGAAGUGGAGUAGGAGUUUGAGCCUCUCUGACUCCAGGGUUGGUUUCCCAAACUUGGACAAAAGAUGCUGGUUUGCACAGAAAUAAGAAGGAUUUGAGGAAAGAGGAACAGGGUUGGUUCGUUAGCUGUGAGCUGCUCACUAGUUCUGACAUUCUUCAAGGGUGGGAGCAGUAUAUAGUAUGGGUUUGUCUAUCUGCAAGUAUAUACAAUAACUUUAUACUUGAAAUGUCUAUGAAGAAAGUAUCCUUUGAGGUGUCUGGAGAACAAACACAGUAGAACAGAGCUUAAAAGUAGGGAAAGGUGGGGAGUUUUUUCACUGUCACUUCAGGGGACACCAAACCCAUUUUGGGAUGUCCUUUCAGCAAGGACGGGAGAGAAAGAAGGAGCUUAAUCCUUCUGCUCUCUCUACACUUGGCCAGCAGGUUGGACGAAAAAGAAUAGGGUGCCCUCUGCCAAUGGUGGAAAGGAAAAAAGAAAUGCCAUAGAAGGGUGAGUCUGGUGGUGCUGGUGGUGCUGGUGGACUGUUUCAAUGCCUCCUUGCACAUGUGAAAAUGGGAGGAGGGUGUAUGCACCCAUGGGAAAUACAUGUGUAUAUUGAAUGUACAGAGGAAGUACACAGCUUGUCUUCCUGGGAAGGGAUGUGCUUGAAUAAAUGCCAGAGAGCACAGAAACUUGUGCUGAAGACUGAAGAUGUACAAAGCUGAGAUGUGCGUGUACGUGUGUGUGUGCCUCUGUGUGAAAGAGAGAGAUACUAGCACAGGUGUAAAGCUGGAAUAGCCUAGGGUUUCCCAUCCCUGCAGUUGUAGUGACAGCUUUCCUGGUGCACUUAGUAUCAAUAAGAGUGUUUUUUCUUUUCAUUGUAUCAUUUUAGAUGCAAGCUAAACUAAAGGAAAAGGAGCAAUGGUAGGAAUGAGAAGCUGAACACACCUUUCAUAUGUCAUCUAUCUCCAGAGGUGGGGGUGUGGACCGACCUCUCCCAUCCUGAGAGAUAUGGCAAAGUCUCUAUGGCUUAUUCUGGGUCUGUCCCAGUGUCUCAAUCACCAUGGCUCACCAGGUGAAGGGUUGAGAGAGUCCUGUGCUGAGGGCAUGGGGACACUGCAGAGGAUUGACUCUGAAGGGAGAUGGCAGCCCUGUCUUUAUGAGCCACAUUUCUUGAGCUGCAAGCCACCUCUCUCACAUUCCUCACCACACCAUGGUUGAUUUUAUCUUAUUGUUCUCUUUUUAAGCCAACAGAAGGCCUUUUAUUUAUUUACCUAUUUAUUUUAUUUAUUUUUUAAGCUGAGGCAGGGGGGAGGGUGGGAUUUUCCUGUAAAGUCAAAGUGGUGAGGAGAGGGUGGGCAGGGUUGGUGAGGGGAAUAUUUUCUUAUAUUUCACAGAGGAAAUUAAGGAGAAAAGAGGGGGAGAGUCUUUGUGAUGCCACCCCCUAGUCUCUGGGGUAAGGGCACUUCUUAGUCUUUCCCUCUUCUCUCAUUACAAGAACAAAAAGGAAAAGAGUAAAAAAAGAAACCAAACAAAUUAACAGAGCGAUCUGCAAUCCAGAACACACGGCAGCUUGUCAGAACACCUCUGAUAGCGGCCACCAAGAAGGCGUUCCUUUCUUUUGUAAAUAUUUCUUUUUUAUUGCGUUUUUGUAUAAAUUGGUGUUUCUCUUCUCGUGAAUAUUCAGGUCGUGGGGUGGGAGGGAGGGGAAGUUUGUUUCCGUUCUGUUUGUUUUCUAUGACUUUUCAGGCUGCAUUUUUGGAAGCGGUUUACGCAGGUCGAGGCCGUAUGAAUGAGGAAAAAAAAAAAGAGAGAGAGAGAGAGAGAAACCCAUGUGUGUUGUGUUCCCCUGAGGCCCCUUGUAUUGCCCUGUCACCUUUAUCUUCAUGAAUGGAAGACGCCGGAACGUCACUUCAAGCCUUGCCAGCAGGGUUUCAUGUUUUGAUGGGAGCACCCCCAAUUCCUUUUUGCAUAUAAACUCUCUGUACCAGCAUCUCUCUGUGGAAUUUGGGCCUCAAGGCACUACACUGUCUUGAUAGUGGUGGGGUGAACCAUCAAGUUGGCCACUCAGGUUGGACCAUCAUUUUGACAUUAAGAGACUUCUCCAAUGCUACUUUGGUUUAGAAUCUUGGACCUGGGAAAGCUCGUGAUAAUUUCUGGUAUUUCCUAAGGGCUUGGGGUUGGGAAGCUUGACAGCUGACGAGGGCAGCUAAUGUCUUUGGUGGUUAUCUCGGUACUUUUCCGUCCCUCCCCACCUGGAACGAGGAAACCUGGAGGGUGGCUCUGCAGGGAAAUUAAGCUGAAAACAAACCAAAAAGAAGUUAAUGGAACUUUUUUCAAAUCUCUUCUUAAAGGUUCUGAUUUUUGUGUUCCGGGUUGAAAGUUGGUUCGUAUUUUCUCCGAACUGGUCUGUCCCUUGUUCCGCUGAUCGGCAAAUGAUAGUUUGCCAAAAUCAUUAUCUAGUAUUCUUACUGUUGUAGCACUGUUAACACUCUGAGUGCUCUGCAAAUAUUAACUGUGCCACAAACCACUCAAAUGAAUGCUCUAGGGCAACCAGAAAAGAAGAACUGGAAAUUCUGGACUGAACCACUGGUCUAACCACAGGAGUCUGGUAUUUUGCCUUCUCCCAUAACAUAUUAGGCCACGUGUCCAUCAGGUUAAUCCUUUCUCCUAUAAGUGAUCUUUUCUGGUUGCUUUGUUUAUUUUAGUUCUGACAGGUCAACAAGUUUUUGGGACAGAGAUGAAGGGGAAGGGGUGGGAGGGGGGAGGGUAUAAUUCAUAAUCAAGAAAAUAAAUCAAUGAUGUUAUUAAACUCUGAUUAUAUAUUUAGAAUUUUAGAUUUGGUGUAUUUUCAUUGUAAGUAUUCAAGUGAAUCAAACAGGUAAUAUUAGCAGCAGGUGUUGUCUAUACUAGAAAACCACCCAUGUGCUGUUUAUUACCUGUCCAGAAAAGAAUGGGAUUUCAUACCAGAGCCUGACAAAACUCCACAUCCCCUGCCUUACCAUUUCUCUCUCUCUGCUGUAGAAACACCAGUAUUUUCUGGGGCAGUGGCUGGGAACAUUUCCUCUCUCUGAACUUUUCUGCACACAAGAAUACUGAGCAAAAACCAUUGUGUCCUCUACAGUUGGUGACCUCUACUGAUUAUUUGCAGACAGCCUCCCAGGAAAGAUUAGGCACCUUUGGCAGUGUUUCUGACAUUUACCUCCUCACUUCUAGCCAGAGGCAUGGCUCUCUGAGAGGUAUUUUCAUGAGCCAUGUUCUUCUGAAGUGGUACUGGAGUGUAUAUACUCAGCUGAAGGAGGAUGUCUAUGAAAGAGAUGGAGGAAAUAUGCAAAAAAUAUCAGAAAUGUGCCAUACACAGUAGAAAGCAGCUGGCAGGUAGAACUUGCAGCCAUGGAUCUCCACAUCAUAAAACUUGUUGGAGUAUUCACACCGGCUUUUUACUGUAGUGCAGCACAACACAGGCUGGUGUUCUCUGUCUCCCCAUCAUGCCUCCCAGUGAGGGCAGUAUCAGAGCUUGCAAUGUCACAUCCUAAGCAGGCAAGAAAAGCUGCAGUCAGAACUCGUUGUCAGUUGAGACGAUGAAGCACACCGUCCCCACCUCAACAACAGCAACAACAAAAAAUCCCAUUCUCUCUGAAAUCCAGCAUGCAUUGUCAGAACUCUCCAGGUGAGAACCCCAGUGGGUUCAAAAUGCUCAGCAAUAUCAAAGUAUGAACUUUGCCUGUAGGGAACUGGUACUUCAAUUUCCAGCAUACUGGGGGAGGAAGCUUACUUUUGACUUUGCAAAGGAUUCGAUGAAGGGGUUAAAAGUUGCCAGGAUGGGCCUCUUCUUCAGCAAUGUCUGCUGAUGUUGAGCUCCUCACUCCGAGAAGACACUAUCAUCCAUCUUGAAUAGUGCCCCUUUGUACAUUCAGAUCAGGGUGUUGCUCACAGCAAAAUUGCCAGCAAAAGAGAGAGGGGGAGAUAAAGGAUGAAUAUGAUGGUGGUGACAGGUUGGAGUGAUCAGAGAUACCUCAGGGAUCUUCAUAGACAAGUCUUUGCUUUAGAGCUUUCUAUCAAAUAUGGCAUAUCCUCCCACCUCCAUUGCUUAUCAACAGAUGGAAGCAAGCCUGGGAACACAGCCAAUGAUCAGACUUAGGCCUUUCACACAUCCUCCACUCCAGUCAAGCAACCUUUGAUGAGCCCUUCUCUUGGAGAAGGGUGGGAGGUUGCACUUCCCCACACAUUUUUGGUUGCCAAAAAGAAAGAGAAAAUGGAAGCAGAUAAAGAUCAGGAGUGUUGAUGAAAGGACUUUGUGCUGACCCUCUGUGCCCUUGCUCUGUGGAAUUACACUUCACCCUUUCUUCUUUAUCCAAGCUGGCAAAGGGUAGGGGCCAGUUAUGCUUCCUUUCUGUGGCACAGGCCUGGUUGCCACAGGAGUCUCUGGGAGCUGUGUGUGAGAAAGGAACCAAAUUGCUGGCAACAAAUGGGGACAGACUCCAAGCCAUGAUCCCCAUCUGCACCCACUCUUUCCCAUAAGUGCUUCCCUGCUGCUGAACUCACCUGGCGUGUCCACCUGGAACACACCUACCAUGCUGCUGGAUGCUGCAGGUAGUUACAUUGAGAUAGUAACUAGUGGGACCUGAUUGUUGUCCCCACAAGGGCUUAUUUUCAAUUUGCAGCCAAAUAGAUUUCCAAGCCAUAGACCCUCGCUGCAUUUACCUACACUUCCCUGUGGCUUCCUCUCUCCUCCCCCAUCAAAGGCAAACUGGGGUGCCGAGUGUCUCACUGGCAAUAUGAACACUAUUGCUUCAUCUUCUUCAUGGGCCCUCUGGACCUCCCUGGGGCUGACUGCAGACAAACCUGGGUGUCUGUCACUAGAACAGCAGCAACAAAAACCACUUUGCAAUUGACUUUCAAUUUUUUUCUCUGUUUCUUGAGAAUUCCCCAAAUUCCUCUCCUAACCAUGCCAUUUGAGUGAAUUCUGGCACCCUUCUGCCAUUGCUGACAACAAAACUGACACAGCAUAAACUUGCUUGUGUAUAGAAAAAGGCAUUGAAACCAUAUUGCAGAGAGCAGGACUUAUGUCCACCGAUGUUAAGGGUACAGUCCCCUGAGUGAUGAGGUAAAGAAGGAUCUCUGUGAGGUGUUAGUAGUUCAGAUCUCUUAACCUGCUGGCUUCCUGACAUUAAAGGUUCACAGCAAGUACUGGUAUACACUCCAACAGGUCAGAAAAUAAUUCCAUGCUGUUGAACAGGGGUUCCUCUGGGCACGCACACACAUACAAGACAUACUGGGGAAGUGAGACAUACAUGAACAGACCUGAGACAGCAGGAAACUGUGAGGUUUGUGUGCCUGUAUGCACACACACACACACACACACACACACACACACACACACACACGACACAGAGUACAUUGCAUUAUACUUAAUGACUCUGUCCCACAACACAUUUUUGCCAAGUAGGAACAGCGUGACCUUUCCUAAUAUUCUGCUGGUAGUUAUUUAAUUUAUGUAUUCACUUUGUGACUUUUACAUCAUCUGCUUUCUUGACUGCAGCAUUACUGUGUAAAUACAUGUGUAUAUAUGUACAGAAACUAGCUCAAGCAAUUAUAUUCAGGUUGGGAAAAGGGUGGGUUUUAUAUCUGUACAGUAUUUCCUUAUUAAAUAAUGGCAUGGGGGGGUUGGGAAAGUUAACUUCUAAAUUGUGGUUUUAUUGGUCUGUGGUGUUUGAAGUUGUUUCAGUGGUUGCUUUUGCUGGUUUGGAAAGUUUAUCUGGAUGUUAUAUGUGUGUGCCAAGAAAGGGUCCCCAGAGAGGGGAGGUUUGGGAUUGGUAAGGGGUGGUGGGUAGCAGAGGGUGUUAAUAAUUUCCUGUAAUAAAAGCCGUGUCGAUUGCUAGGGACUGUUUGUGUGAGGCACAAGGCUGUUUCCUUCUCUGUGUGCUUUGCUCUUUGAUUACUUCCUCUUCCCUGGUCCCCAUUGUCUUCUCCCUGGGAUGUCAGCAGGGUGCAUUUGUUACUGUGGAUUACAGGGACCUCCCUAUGGGUCUUCCUCUCCUGGCCAACCCUUCCUUCUCCCUCUUUUUGUCGUCUUUCCAGUACCAGUGAAAGGGGAGGACCAUGGUGUCAGACCCUCUGUGCCAUUCUUGACCACUUUAUUUCCUCUGCUCUUUGUCCUUUCUUUUAGCAGAACCUCAUUUUCAGGUGUUUUGAUCUCUCCAGCAGCUUACUGCUUCAACUCUCUGGCCUCUUAUCUACUUUCCCAUCUUACACCAAUUCUUCAAUUUCAUCUCAGUGCCUCUUCCCUCAGAAUUACUUAUGUUGGCUGUUUUCCCGCUCUCCUUCUCUUAUUACUCCCUUGUUGCUCUGUUGUCUUCAUCAGCCUGUGCAAUGCUGUGCAGCAGAUGAGUGAAGGGCAGGCAUCCACUUCUUCUCUCCUGGAAAAUUCUAGCCAUGACCAGGUUUUUAAAAGAUGAUAUUUUGUUGCUAUUUUUGACUUCUCUGUCAUGUUUAUUGAGGUAGUGUUCUACUCUUGAACACUCAAGAAAUCAUCAGUAUGGCAAAUUUGCCCAUGCAAGGGAGCAGUGAAAUUGUAUUUCCUGAGAAAGCCCGGAGAAAGAACCUAAUUUCUGUCCUUGAUGGCUGACUGAUAAAUUUAUAUCAGGGAGAGAGUUUUUAUCCACUCCAGGUUGACCCAUAUCAGGAUCAGUACAGUUUCUUUGCUUUUACUCUAUGUGAAUAAAGCAAGGCUGCUGGAGAGAAGUAUGCUAUCUUUUGAAAGCACAGGACACUUCCUUUAUUGCCUAGAGGCUUCUAAAGGCCUAUGUGAAGUUCUGCUGUGUUGCAGACCUGGGAGUGAACCCCUGGUAGUCUUUGGUCCCUUUCUGUCUGACAAGUCACUAUAAACAGGUACUUGGCAUUAUCUGCUAGGGUUGGUGGUCUGAUGUCAUAGCAGUAAGAAGAGUGGUAGGAUGGUGAAUAAGCAUGGAGAGAGCCAAUGUGAGACUGGUAGAGGCUUUAGGCAGAUGCCAAGACAUGUCUUUCCUUCCCUUUUUGACACUUUGUGUUGUUCCUUAUUGAACGUCCAUCAAUCCACCAUCCUCAAUGUCCCUGGCACUGGCUGCUUAUCCCUGAAGACACCAAGGUCUGCUGGCCACAGCCUGAGAAAGGGCCAGUCAGUCUCUGUGUGUGUAGUGCAGUUGUCUGGGAGUACAUGGGCAGUGCAGGGAGCAAUGCAAAGGAUCAGCAUGGCCAGAGGUUAUUCAGAGCAGCAACCUUCUCCUAGCUGCAGCUAACUCUUGCUCAACCUGCCAUUCCAUUGCAGGCCUGUGUUUCUGAUUUCUGGGUGAGAAAAACCACCACAGCCACCUGGGAAUGGAUCUCUGCUCCCAGGUGGGAGUAGGGCAGUCAGGCUUCUGAUGUACCCUUGCUAUGAUGUUGGCAAAACUGUCCCAGCAUGGUCCAUGGAGGUCUGUGUGCUGGUGAAUACAUGGCUACAAAUACCUGUAAGGCUGGGAGGAGGUAUAUGUUUGCACAUUUGAGUGACUCCUGGCAGAACUCUAAACAUAAAUGGAGUUGGAAAUGCUGGCCCAUUUAAUGCUACUGCAAUUAUGCAGGUAGGUAUCUCCUUGGGAGAACAUCCCAUAGAUUAAUUUAUGGCAAAAUAGUGAGUUACCUUUCUGAACAUCACAAGGGCCUUUGCUGUGUUUCCUUUGCUUAUUCAGUGUGCCAGAAGUACAGCAUAAAGGCAACAUUUGCAGGGUGUCCAGAGAGAAUGCAUCUAUUGCAUGAGACUUCUCUCUAGGUCCUUGGGCACUUGGCUGGUAAGUCCCAUGUCAACCAGAAAAAGGUGAUACCUGUCCCUGAACAGACAAAAAUCAGUCAAGGGGAUAAGAUUCAAGUUUUGUACUUUCUCCCUCUACUUCCCUUCCAGGCCUUGGAGCCAGAUCCAUCUUCACGGGCAGCUAAACUCCUGUGAAAUUCAAGGAGCUUUCAGAAGAGCUACUUAGGGGUUUAGAUGCCUGGAAUGGCUUUUUUGGAUUCUCUUCCUCGCGUGGGCCACUUCCCACAGUGUAUUUUGCCAGGAUUCAUCUCCCAGGAACCUACCAUGCUUGAACAUAGCUUAGAGGGGUUCCCUCUGCUUGGGAUCCCCUUGUGUAUGUUGCAUGCCUGUUGCUACUUGUCCGUAUUUCUUGCACGUGUCUGUCGUGGGGGGCAGGGGUGGGUUCAUGUUGGUAUGUGUAUUUAUGCAGCCUGCACACAUUUGUAUGUGUGGUGCCACUGUGCUUAGGUGUUUGUACGCAUGUGUUUGAGCUGAGACAAAAGCGAUGGGAGCUGUGUGCUGCUAAAGCCAGGGGAUGGUAGGUACCUGCAGGUAAAUUGGCAACCCUCUUGCUCCUUCCUGGUACACCCUGGCGUGGCUGCUUUCUUUGGAUUCCAGGGGACCAGAUCUGAAUCAGUGAUGAGGCUGGGAUGCAGACCCCUGUAGAGGGUUUGACUGCAGCAUCAGAAACCCAUUCCAUAUGUUCAUUCACUUCUGUGCUUCAUCUACUGUGCUGCAUUUCCAAACCAUUGUGCCACACUCAUUACCUACUUUGGCCUUAACUGGUAGGUGGAGCAGAAAGACAAUCACACCCUGACCAGUAAGGUCUUUUGGGAGAGGUCUGGUCAACCUGAUCUGUGACUGUAACAAGAGACUCCCUUGCUAUUCAUUUUGCUGGCUCCUUGGGCGAUGCAAGCACUGAAAUUCCACUUGCGAGAAAACACUAGCCUGUCCUUUCUUGCUCUUGUGUCAGAUAGACACACAAAAAAACUGAGCUGAGGUGAACUGGUCUCCCAUCCCAUUACCUGGAAGAACAUCACUUUUGCUGCUUGGAGCUGAGGAGGGAGCUUGCAAAUCCUACACUCUGAAGGGUUUCCAUUUCUCCAGAGGAGAUGGUGAAAAGGGAGAGUAGAAGGAAGUAAACUUUCUGCAGCCAUUUGCCAUCCCAUUCAUUUCCAGGAGAGAUCACGAGACUGCUAGCACCAGAGAGGAUGACCUUCUGGGAGGGCCCUGGCAGCAACUGGCACAGCACUUUAACUGGCCAACUGCUGAACAAGACACUGCUGUCCUCUGUCAGCAGCCAGAAAAGACAAUCAGGACCCAAUGAAGAGAUGCCAUGAUUAGUCAGAAAAGGAAGGAGCAACAUUUAGGGGCUCGGGCACUCAUCAUUUAGCCUAUCUUAAGUCUGCUUAGCCAGCCCUUUAGUGCUGGUGUCACUGGGCCUCUUUGAUGGUUUAUUUUUCUUCAUAUAUAUGAAAUGUAAGAGAAUAAUCUGUGGUCUCCAAUGACUCAUUCUGUCAGACCACUUCCAUCCACUUCCUCUGCUUUCUUCCAUGUCUAGCUGCUCUUUCCUCUCCAUCAAAUUGUAUCCUGUGCUCUGCCAGGUUUGUCUUUUAUGGAAGAGAAGAUAUAUGUGUGUGAAUGCUUGUACAUGUGCGUGUGUGUAUUUUAGAUAUUAUUGCUAUUAUCAACAUGCUAUACACCUAAAAACUCCUAGCAAGCUGGAGCCUUCAAGAGGUGCUGUAGGAAAUGACCUUCCCACUGGACAGCAGUCAGUGUGGAGGUUAGCACAGAAAGCUGCUAGCUUUGGAGGCCUCUGCCAGUCUGGUUGCUUUUCCUAUCUUUGGAGCAGGCUGUCUCUCACCUGAGGUCAGAAACACAGCAAACUGCUCUUUUUAGCUUUGCAUUUUCAAAAUUUCUAACAUUGAGUGGGGGGGGAGGGGGGAGGUUUAUUGUUUAGCUGUUGAUUUAUUUUGUAUGUUUGUUUGUUUGUUUGUUUGUUUACACAGUCCUUUUAGUGGGCGCAGGGAGGUGUUUUCAGCAAUACAACUUUCCGAGACCUCAGUUCUGUGCGGUUAUUGUUUGUAUGGUUCAGCUGUAUUUGGGGUCUUUCCUUUGUACGUUUUUCCUGAAUGGCAGGGCUAUCUUGAAACGUCUCUUUGCCAGUGACCAAAGCACCAUCUGUAAUUGGAGGUGAGGCCUGGUAUAUAGUGGAGGCAGCAGCCUUUCGGGAAGUAGCUUUUCACUGACUUCCCUGUGGAGUCACAGAAGACAAAAUAUUUAAUUGUUGCACAAGUGGGCUUUGGAGAUUUUUGUUGUAGUUGUGGGGUUUUUUUUGGUGGUUUUUUUUGGUACUCCCUCUCUUUCCUUCCUUUUAAAAUGUCUCUUUUCUUCCCUUAAAAAAUGUUAAAAUGUUUCUCCAGUGAGCUUUGGCCAUUGCACCAAAGGCUGUUGCAAGGCAGGGAGCCUGUCUGACCCUUGGGUCCUGCCCUCCUGAAGCCGUGCAAGAUUUCCAGGUGAGGAUGGAAUUGGCAGUUUCCAUGGCCAUUCUUUGGACAAGACCCCUGCAGCAGAGGGGUCUGACCCAAAGGGAAUGGUCACCCACUGCUGAUCAUCCUCUAGUCUGCGUGGGCUGUGGAUCAGGCUGGAGGGCAGGCAGGGGAAGAUGGCUCACUGACCCUUGCACAGUCCUUCCCACACUGGAGCAGGAGCCAGGCACGUAGAUCUGCAACAGGGACAAAUGAAUGACCCUGAAUGGGCCACAGGUCUUCAGCCUUGUCUCUCCUGACCUGUUUGCAAGUGGGUUGGAAUGACUCUGAACUUGGACAACAUCAUUCAAGGCUGAGCAGAGUCUCACAAACCAUGAAGUAUGAAUUAGAGGUGGUGCAUGGGCAGCUGGCCAGCUCUCAAUAUCAUGACACCUAAGGGAAAACCCAGCACCUUCAUCCUUUGGCACUUGGAAGUGGCUGAGGACAGCAGUGGAGGACUGUUGUGUCUACUAGGGUUGGGGCAGGUAGCGUCUCUAGACCUGUCACAGGUCAACUUCAGCUGUAUUUGCUUUCUAACUAAUGUGCAUUUACUUUGGAGAGCACCUUUGGUAAGCUCAGUCUAUCAACCAAAAGAAAAAGAAAUACUCACCUCUAGUCUAAGUCUUCUACUGCCCAACACUGCUACCUCCUCUUCUCUUGAGCUGUUGGUACCUUGUGGUGAACCUGGCCACCCAUCAGGCUGUUGAACACAGCAGAUAUAUCCUGUCCGCUUCUGAGACCAUCUCUGCCUAAAUUUUGCCUCCUCUUCGCACCCUUUAUGCAUGCAUAUGUGUGUGCACAUGCACACACACACACACACACACACACAUGCCCACCUCCAGCCACUUCACUGGUGAAAAUCAGAGCCACAGAGACAUGAGUGCCAAAUGACUUUUUAUUUCUCAAGUAAAUGAUAUAAAAAGUUUUGUUAUUUUUCUUUUUUUUUUACAUAUGCAAAUGUAAAAGGGAACCGACAGUGAAUUGGUGGUGGUGAGAGGAAAUGGGAUGUUUUGUAACCCUAGCUGCAGUUAAAAAAAAAAAAGAAAUAAAAAUACAUUAAAAAUAUUUAAAAAACACAAAAAGGAAAAAAAAACUUGAACUAUUUUGGAAAUAUUGUGAAUAAUUUUUUGAUAUAAAAACUAAUUUUUAUGUAGCAUGAAAACCACCAAAAUAAAAUGAUCAAGAAUAAAAGCUGUGCAAAGGGUGUUUUUGUUUAGUUACUGAGGGAAAAGAAGGAAGAGAGAAGCAGUGGUGUAUGAGAGAGAGAUACUGCAGUCAUGGCUUUUACAGUGAGAUUCACAAUACAUAAUGUUUUUCUUCAGUCUUGGUAUUCAAUCUUGGUAGCUGGAAUCUUGUGAUUAUGUAAAAAAAAGAAGGAAAAACCACAACUCAUUCUAUAUGAAAAGAUUUUUUUAUCUGUUAUUGCUGGGAAGAAAACCUUGAAAAUAAGAACAGAAUGAAUCCCAAGGACUCAAAAAACCAAAAGGCAAAUUGAAAAUGGCCAUGAAUUGCUUUUGAGUGUGGCAUUCAUCAUGAUUUUUUCUUCUUGAUUUAAGAUUGUUGAGUAGUUGAGGUAUCAGUAGUGGGAGGCAGGUACAAGGGAGGUAAGACAUUAACGAAGGACUGAACAAAUUCUUUUUUUUAUUUGUAAUGUGAAUUAUGGGAGUUAAAGCAGGGGCUCUUCACAUUUCCUUCUGCGUAAAAGAAUAAGGUAGUGUCCUUUUGCUGGAUAUAUUGGUGCCAUUCUUCCCUCUUAAAAAAAAUUUUACUCCUCCCUCCGGUUUACUAAAGGAAGCAGACUGCCUCUGCAAAUUCCAGACAAAACAGUGUGUCGUCUCAGCAUUCCAGACCCUCUUAGAAAUGAGGGCUGUGCUUCUCUGCUCCCCUGAAGGUGGUGAGGUAUCAGUGCUCCUUAUCUCCUCUGAAGGCUCUGAUUCCAGGUGCUGGAGCACUACAUUGCCUUUGAGCAGGUGCUAGCACCCACCCCACCCUGCUGUGGAUCAAGGUGGCUCCUCAGCACAGGCUGUGAGUCCUUCUUGCCCGGAAGAGAGGAGAUGCUGGUUUUUGGAAUGGUCAAGGAAAGUUGGUAGGUUGCUCUGUUCAUUCUGUCCUGAAGGUUUUCCACAUGCCUGAGUGAAUCAGAUCUGCAAAUGAAUUUCAGCUUCACUCCCUCAUGCCCCCAUCUCCCACACAAUCACUAAAACAUUGCCCCACCAACAAGCAGGGACCUUCUCUGAUGCUCCUGUCCUUUUUGUCUGGAUGUCUUCUACACUGUAGACUGGAAGAUAACAGGGAAAUAGUGUACCGUAUAGCUUAAAAUAAGCUAUGAAAUAAAUUGUGUUCAGCACUGACUGAGAAGUCUGAAAAAAAGUGAAGUCUCAGUAUCAACCUAGGCCACACCUCUAGCAGUGUGCUAGGAAAAAGAAUCCUGGAUAGAAAUCUUGUCUUGUGCUCAAGUCAAUAUAGACUUGGGUGAAGUAGAUAAGGAGGACCUGAAGGCAAUGAUGGUGUCGACCAGCUAGACUGGUGGGUUCUUGAGUUCUGAGCCAGGUAUGAAAGAGGAUCCAUGGGAACAUUGCCUCUUGGUGGAAAAAAGAGGGGGACAGUCCUAUUAUCAUAAAAAAGACCAAAUCCUGAAGCAUCUUCUUGGCCUCUGUGGGUCCUAGUUAGCCUGUUUCUCCCUGUUGCCAAUCCCUAUGCCAUGCACUAUCUGUAAUUGCUUUUUGACUCCUACAGGGAAGAAGAGACUUUGCUUUAUUAAGCUUUUCUCAUUAUUAGUUACAAAUCUAGGCUGUUCCUCCAGUGAGUAUCUGGCUAUUUACCAUUCUUCCCACUUCUUCUGUCUGCUAAUCCCAUCCUUUUUGCCCUUGUGACCUCCCGCACCUGCAUGUUAAGAAAAAGGGCCCUUUAUGGGAAACUCCUUUGUGUCCUUCAGUGAUUUAUGAGGGCAGAGAAGUCAUUACACACAAGUUAGGAGUAUUGCUUAUCUUACUUUGCUCAAGUACCUUGUAGAUUCCACCUGCUUUCUUACAAAGAAUACGGUAUCUUCUACCUGUGACCAUUUUGCUCUAGCUCUGCAUGUGUUACUGGUGGACCCAUCCAGUGGACCAGAGUUAAAGCAGACAUUUGGAGAAUGCUCUGAAGAUUCAGAUUUCCAAGCAUAAUGUCUCAGACUCUGGAGCCAGGGCUGUGGCAACGUGGUUUGCUGGAAAUUGAGCCAAGGGCCAUUCUACUCCAGCCUGUGUGCUUGCUCACCUUCCCUUCACUGGAAUGAAGCAGGAGGCUCACCUUCCCUUAGACCCACAGGGCCUAAUGACAAAGUGAAACAGCUUUCAUUCUUCUCACCUUGUCUCUGCACCAAACUGCUCAGAUAUCAGGUCUUUCAGGUAGACAUUCAAGCAUGCCAGAGGGAGGACAGAACUCCUGCCAGUCCAUAAGUACAGCAAAGGCAGGAGUCUGGAGGUCUGGAGCACAUAAGCCUUGAAUACUCUUGAAAUGUCUCUGUUAAUGAGCGCUGCUGGGUUUGUUUGCCCUCACAGAUUAUUUGUGUCACCACCAGAAACCAAGAUUGUGUCAGCAAAAACCAGAUAUUCAAUGUGUCUUUUUGACAUUUGAACAAGGGAUUAGGAUUGCAGUUACACAAAAGGCAUCUCCAAAGGGGUAUUUCCCAUACCUGGGGAAGAUUAUCAGAUGUUAUUUACUCAUUGAAGCAAACAAUUAGGCUUCUCUUAGGCCUUUCACACGCAAGGACUUUUCCAUGUAAUGAAGGCACUUCCCCAGGUUCUGGUCCUUUCCUGCACAGAGAUACUCCUUUUUCAGCUCUGGAGCCUGAACCUUGCUGUGCUAAGAUACAGGUAAAAGCACACUAUUUGGAAUGAAGAGGAGCUAGUUGUAAUGAACCAGACACUUCUUCUAGCUUUGCAGCUCCACAUUACUUAGGAACUAACUGUUCAGGUGUUCUUCCUCCUCAAGCCACUUCAGGGCUCUCUCUCUGUGCUGCAGCGGCGACUGAAUUUGCUGUCCCUGCUGACCUUCCCCAUUUUACAUGCAGGGUGUGAGGGCUUCGUGGCUGCUUUCUUAUCUGAGGCAUUCAAUUAAAACUGGAGCAGCAUGAUGCUUUGGAGCUGUCUCUGUGGCCCUUUGAUUAGCUGUCCUUGCUGGGGAGGCAGGACACCAAGGAGCCCUGCCAGCUGCAAGGUGAAGCUUUGGGCAGGUGCUUGUCCUUUGGCAGCGGACGCGCACUGGAAUGCUGAGUGACUUACACCGUGUGCUCACCACUCCUUCAAGGCUGCGGUGUAGACUCACAUCAAAGCAGAAAAGAAGGAAUUGGCUUAUUCCUUCUCUAUUUCCUCAGCUCCCAAGGGAAAAUUUCCUGGAAAGGAGAAAGGGAAGGUUUAUCCCUCACUUGGAAACUCUGGCUGUUGUCACUCUGCACACAGCAGUGGUACAAUAAGGCAGAUCUUUGACUGGUGCUCAAACACAGCCUCUGGGCAUGUUUCUACUUGGGUUUUUUUGAGGGAAUAGACUAGUUCCUGCCACGGAGGGCAGGGUCAAUUUCUCCACCCCUUUGGUCUCAAGGGAUGAGCCCUGAGUCCAAAGUCUCAAUCACUUAGCACUUGCUAGGCUCUGUUCAAGUUCCCCAUGUACACAUCCUGGACCUAGAGCACCCCAGGCAACCCCAGAUGUGAGCCAUCAGCACUGCAUGUUGGGAAAAAAUAAACAGUUUGCAUGUUUGCAUCACAUAGGCAAGGAUUUUUAAAAACAUACAAGAAAUUUCUUAAACCCCAUCUUAUUGAAAGCCAAUAGUGCUUAGAUGCUCAGAUGCCUUUAGAAAUUUCCAUUACAGAAGCUAGAAAUGUUUAUUCUUUUUAAAAAUCUCUUCAUGAAGGGGCUGGAGUAUUUAAUACUGAGGUAAAUUAAUUGAGUUCUCCUGAGCCUAAAAUACUGUGAUAUUAAUCUCAACCACCAACUAAUCCUGGAGGAUGCCCUGGGUUGAGCUGAGGAUAUGAAGAUCCCUGGAGAAGAUGCAAAAGUUCCCUCCUCAGUAGCUCCUGUCACUGAGGGGGAAGUAGGUAGCAUGUGGGGCAGGAUUUCAUCAGAAAGGUAUGCUUGUGGAUGCACAUUGAAUGCAAGCAGUAACUGGUGGCUUCAGGGGUAAUUUUGUGUUGAUCAAAAUAACUCCACCUCUCCUAACAACACUAUUGCUAUGGAGUUGGACCGUGUCAGUAGCAGUCAUUAAUUUGGGAAGCAGCAAGUAAAGUGAAAUGCUGUGCCAGCAGGGUGAAGCCCUGACAUAAAAUUGAUCAAAACAUUUAGGUCCUUUUUCCAGACAAGAUUUGUCCAUUUGAUGCUUCACUCUGCCACAGUCCUUACUUCAAAGAGUUUGCAAUUUUGAUGCUAAACUAAAAUACGUUAAUAUUAGCAUUUACAUUAACAAGUAAAUUGACAGAUGCCAUAGUUUACAUAUAUUAUGCAAAUAUCCGGAAAUCUUGCAUGCAUUUGCAUCUAAUUUUCUUGAGGUUAAAUGAGACAUACAUUUUAUAGGGGAAAUAAUUGAGGCAUCCAGGCGCGAUAAACCAGGUGACUUGGUAUGACUUGUAUGAACAGGGAUAAAGACUAGGAGCAGAGGAAAAGGACAUCUGACAUUUUCAUUUGGAAAAGUAUUAUGUUCACGAUUGCUAUUUGGAGAAAGCAUUGUAGCAACUUCCAGGGAUGCAGUCAGCAAUAGUGCAGGAAUUUUGUGCUGGGAGCCUUGAUUUGGGAUGUGGACAGGCCUCAACCUGAAAGGCAGAGCCAGUCAGGGCCUCAGCCCUGUUGGGGUUUUUUUUGGUUUUUUUUUUGUUUUCAAGAUCUGAAAGAGUUACACUCAUCUCUUUGCAGCAUGGUGCACACAUCACACAGCUGAGAUUCCCCCAUGCUCUAAGGUGAUUAGGUUUUCCUACACAGGCAGGGGAGCAGUGAGAGGUGAAUCUGGGAUCCACUCAGGAGCAAGCCACAAGACCCCAGAGUCUCCACUUCAGUACCUGGAAGGAUGUUUUCUUCUUCUUACAUUUCUGGAAAUCAUGAAGGGAUGACAGCAUGCCCAGGGUAAUCAACAUCUGCUUCAGGUGAGUUUGGUGAGAAAUCUUGAUAUUCUGGCAGUGCUCUUGUUUUCCAGCUUCAUUUCCCUUCCUCAGUUGGGCAAAGCCUUGAGGAUGCUGUAACUUAUCCCAGCCCCGGACAAAGAGAACCUGAACCAUAAAUUGUGAUUGCUCUGUGCAUUUUCAAUUAGCUCUACUUUUACAGAUAGCAUGGGAAAGUGCAUGUAUGGACCUAAUCCAGAGAGGUGCUGAACUGUAAAUGCUCUCUGAGGAUGUGUGCAGUGCACGGGGCUCAGCCUCUGCUGCCAGCUUGACCUAAUUUCUGUCAGCUGAAACUCUGCUAAGAUUCAAAAUACAACUCAUUUCCCUUCUUUGGAAACUUGCACAUCAAGGUCUUACUGUACUCCUCACAAGUAGUCUUGAGCAUCCCUUUGCUGCUUUUGUCAGGCUGCUACAAACUUUCAGCAUUUACAGGGAGACUGUCAAAAUAUUGUAUAGAAAAUAUUUCCCUUUUUUUGGUUCCACCAGUGUGCAGUAACACCUCAGAUUGUGACAUUGGAGAAGCUUCAUCAAGAACCUCUUUGUAUCAUGCAAAGUGCUCAUUCAUCUUGGCAACUCUUCAUGAAUUUCAUCCAAGACAUCCUGGUCUGUUUGAAUAGUGACUGAACUUUCUGGCCAACUAUUUCUUGGGCAUUGCUUUCGAACCUUGAAGGAUGGUUUGAAGUGCAAACAAGCAUGCAAAUGGACAGAGGCUGACCCAACUUCCUUUUGUUUUCAAAAGUCUAGGGUGAUAAAAGCAGCUUUCCUAGGGUUACAGGUUAGCUUAGUUCAAUUUGCAGCCUAAUUAAUUGCUCCAAAAUUGUAGGUCUGUCUUGCCAGAACCCCUUUAAAUUAUGCAUACUCCUACUUACACAGUCACUGCCACUUUUCAAAUAUUCAAGGGAUCCUUACAUUUUGGAUGGUUUACUCUCUCCAGGGAGGAGGCAGUGUUUUAAAAAGAAAUUGCUGACGGAUGAAGUAGAGCUUACAUGACUUGCAGCAAACAGCAAUUUGAGUUCUCAAGAACAUGUUUCUUGGACAUGUAGAUUUUACUCAUUUGCAUUUAAAGGACAUGUGACACAGAACACUGCUUUCUCAUCCGGUAACAUUAUCAUCUAGUGACAUUAACUUAACGGUUAAUGUCAAGUUUUUAUUAACAUUUACAAGCACAUUGGGAGAUUAAUUUGUUUACUUGCAUUAUGCAAAACUGAUUUAAGAUCGUGGUUUGCAUUUACACACAUUUACAUAGUGUUUCCUGAUUAAUACAUUAUAAUACACACAAAUCAUGUGGAAAUUGCAGGCUCACAUCUGCAACAUAAACUUCAUUCUCUGUCGUGUGAAAUUUGACUUAGCUGGCAGACCUUUUCCAGCAGGUUGCAGUUGAAGUCAGAAUAUUGUAAAGAGGGAAGGAAGAAUUGGGAUCCGAGGUGGAUUUUCUGUGAAGCCUUUCCAUAGUGCCUGUUACUUGCCAAAGCCCUGCAGUCAUGAAACAGAAGGAGAGGGUGCCAAGGUUAGCUGGCAGCAGGAUGAGUCUCAUGUAAUGGAACCUGUGGAGCUGGAGUUGGGCUCCUGUGAACACACAGUGACUUUAGACUGGGAGUGAAAUGGGUGAGCAGCAAAAGGAGACGGUGGGAGGGAAAGGGGCAGCAACCAUUGCUGCCAAUCGUGGAUCUGCGUGAAGGGGCUCAGCUGGGUGCAGCAGAGACCCCCGAGGCUCUCCCUCUGCUCCUGGUGCACUUUUGACUGGAGAUGCCCAGGGCUGGCUGGCGUGGGAGGACCAAGGGAGGGUGUGGGGAGAAGGGCACAGACAAACACCGAGCUCCUGCUGUGGGCUGAGACAGGAUCCAGAAAGGCAGCACCCUGUGCUGAACAAAGGGGCAAGGGGACACUGGGGACGCUUCCCCAGGGUGGCAUCUUCCUAAGGGAACGCGCAGUCGAACUCAGGCUUGCCUCACCUCUCCGAGGCCCGAAUCCUACAGUCUCCUCUCCGCCUGUCACAACCUCAUUCUCCUCUCUCCUACACCCUCGCCCUCCUCCGGUUCUUCUUUCUGUAAAUAACUCUUUCCGAUUUUGGACAAGCAGGGAUCAACAGAUUCUGGAGGGGGGUGGGGAAGACACUUGUUUCAGGUUUGUUUUUAUUUUUUCCCUUUCUCUCUUGAAUUUUGGGUGUUUGAACUUGAAAAAAUAAUAUCUAUAAAUAUAAAAAUAUAUGUAUUUAAGCAAAUGGAUUUCAUGGACAGCUAUGAAAGGAGUUAAUUUUUUUCCCCUUUGAUUUCACUUGUUUCUCAUUGGGGUUUGUUUUUUGGGGAAGAGGUUUUUUGUGAACUGUUCAGAUUUCCAGUUAAGCAUUGUUUAAAGGAUGUGGAGAAAAAAAAAAAAGAAAAAAAAAGAAAAAUCAACAAAAAACAUGAAAACCUUUGUGAUGUACAAAACCUGUAAAUAGUCAAAGAUACUUUCUCUUUUCUAACAACAAAUUAUUUCUGUCACUUUAUAUUCAAAAAUAAAGAAAUGUACCACAGAAUAUCAGGGUUAAAAAAAUUGGAACCCA